AUGACCCUAUUUUAUCAUAUAAUAUGUCCAAUUUUUAAGAUAAUCAAGAACAAAAUUGUAGAAUCUAGUCCACGAUAUAAUAUUUUCACUGGUGUAUCCAACAAAAAGUAUUCUACACUGACUAAUGCCAAAAUAAAUGACAUACCUAUGAUAGGUAUGAGGCAUCUAAAGCUCAAGGGUAUUAAUGAUACUAAGUUUUGGAAUGAGUUUAUCUCCACUAGUACUAAUAGCAUAGAUGUCCUUUCCCCUCAUUCACUCGCCAUACUUUCCAGUGUUAUCACUCAUCUAAUACCUAACUACCCUGAAUCCAAAAUUUGCAUUCAAAAAAUUUUUGAUACAAUAACUAGACGCCCAGUUAUACUCAAAGGAUUGAACGCUGAAUUGUUAAACAUGAUGUUGGUCAGUUAUCAUUCCUUUAAGAACGAAAUUGAUCCACACAUAGUCCUUCAAAUUGCAAAGAGAUGUAAUGAGGAAAUAUGUUGUUUCAAUAAAAAUGUAGUCGAAAUCAAUAUAGAAAUUAUGCAUUCCCUGGCUAAAUGUAUCAGAAAUGUACCAAAACUAUCCUAUAUUUUGGACAACACUGGUAUUUUUAACACAUUUAACACUUUUCUAUUGCAAAACAUUCACAAAUUGAACCCUAGAGAAUUAUCUAUAACAGUUUAUUCUCUCUCUACAUUUAGUACACCAGAUCCUGCAGUUGUUGAUUUAGUGUACGAUGCAGUGAGGAGGAAUGAAAAUAAGUUUCAACCUUUGGACAUUUCUACCAUGAUUUUCGCAUCAAAGGAACAUUUUUCACAAUUUAAAAGGCUGAUACACCUCCUAACUCCCAUGGUUUCUACAAAUUUACUGAAAUUUACGCCACAGCAAAUUUCUAACCUUCUACAUUCAUACCUCAAAUACAAUUCAAUUGAUACUGGUGAUAAUGAAUUCAGGGUGCAUAAUGAAGUAAAUUUAUUAGUGAGGAGGGCUAGUGAUAUAUUUAUGUUGUUUAAACCACAAGAAGUAUUUAACAUAGUGAAUUCUAUGAUUAGAUACAGUUUCUCUCCAUCUUCUCGCUUUUUAAACUCAUACUCACACUAUUUGUUGAAUAGUAGCUUCAAAAACUUUAAAAUGGUGGAUUUAUUUACUCUUUUUAAUUCCCUUUCACAAUGGAUAGACCCAAUGAUUGAAUGCCUGGGCAAUAACUUCACAACAAUAACUAACAAAUCCAGUGCAGAAAUGACCAAGUAUUUUAACAAAAAUCUUUCUUUAGAAAAACUAAUAUACAUAUUACACUAUAUUAGUAGAGUUUCUGAUGCUCCUAAUUGUGCCAUUGACUCCGCAAUCAAGCUUAUUUCUAGUAGUGAAUUAUCUAGGCUGAGUGUCAAGGAAUUUUGUCUUAUCAAGGGAUCAAUUUCUAAAUUCAUGCCGACUUACUCGCAGUUGAAUAACCUAAUUAAUCAAAUGCUGAUUGAAAGGCUAAGCGAUUAUACUGCUAUAUUUAAUCAAAUGGAUCUUACAUGUAUAAUACAGGGGUAUAGUGAUGAAAAGAUGUACUUUUUGGCAAUGAAGCGUGUAUUUCAGUUAAAAAAUGUCUCGAUGUCACUACUGUACACUAUAUUGAGUGUUGGUUGUGCAGCUGAGAUUGUGGAGAAGGUAUUUCAAUGCUACGUCAAAAAUAUCACCAAGCAGAAACAGAUAAAUGUAUUUGAUGGCUACAAAGUUGCUAUAGCAUUGAGUGACAAAGGUUAUCGUCAUCUAUACCUGGAGCAGUUGGAAUCUGUUGCACUGUCAAAAAUUCAUGAAUUUAAUGAUUUAAAGGGAUUAAAUGACUAUUGCCAUAGUCUUAUAGUGUUACUAGGGCGCGCAAGGUAUUUGACUCCUUCAAUUAACUAUUUGUUGGGGAAAUUGGAUUAUAGAUAUUUAUCUGAUAGGAAAAGGGCACAAUUAAUUCACUCAUUGAUACUUAUGGAUUGGUGUAACAGUUUGGAUAUGGAUUACUCAUUUGUUAGAGGGAAUAUACUGGGAAUUUAUUCCAUGACAUGGUUCAUGUAUAUGUGUAGGACCAAUUAUUCCCUAAAUGAUUUGUUUCAUCUACUAAAAUUAUGUAUGAAUUAUACAGGUAUGAAUACGAAUGGCUCUGAUGGGCAAGAAAGAACACAGCUUGUAAAAUCUGUAUAUAUGUUAUUGAAUAUAUUGGAUAAUAUUAUUCCUAUUGAAAAUUUGACCUUGGAUUUUCUAGUUUCAUGUAACAAUAUUGUGCGUUGUGAUAUAACAAAUCAAUCGAAGAUGGAUUAUACAUAUUCUAAGUAUUCGAAUGUCUUGUAUGAAUUUACAAGAUGUAUAUGUAUGAAGGAAAUGAAGAGGGAGGCACUGGCAGGGUUGGAUUAUCGCAUAGACUUGUUGAUUACAAAUUAG